UGCGAAUUAGGGGGUGGUCUCAAAAUUUACUUUAUCUGUCAAAUCGCUGUCAUAAGUGGAUUAAAAGUACAUUUUGAUGACAAUAUCCCAGUUUUAAUGUUAUAAUAUUAUAUAUGAUAUCUUUUUAUAAUUGUAACUCAGUAAUAUUGAUACUUUAAAGAUCCCAUCAUUAUUAACUCUUCUUUUAACUAUAUAUUUAGCUCCAUGAUUGUAGUUAUCAUUCCUUUUCUAAUGUGAUAUUAAAAAUAAAUUAUAAAAUUAAUUAUUUACAAGUAAAUGAAUAAAUAAAUAAAAAAAAUAUUUUUAAAUAAAUAAAGUUAUUACAAGUAAAUGAAUAAAUAGCUGGUCAACAACUUAUGACACAAGUGCUACAUGUAAUAGUUGGUCCAUAAUUAUAGUAAAUUAUUUUAAAAAAGCUAUGAUUAUACUACCAAUAGUUUUAUAACAUAAAUUUUUAUUUAUUUUUUUUAUUUCAUUUUAGAAAUCCAAUAAUGGGUAAACCCCGUAAGAAGAUAACAUCAACUGAAAGUCCAUGUGUCAAAAGAGCCAGAGGUAUAAAGAAGAAAUACUUUUCACCUGGAAAACCUUCAAGGGCACGAAGGGCAUUACUCACAAUUGAAACGGAAAAGGUAUCAACAACUGAACCAGGGCCAUCAACAAGUUCCAUUAUCCAUGACAGUAACCAGGCAAUUAUAACUUUAGAACAUUCUGUCAUUAAAGGAUACCAUGCUUUUAAGAUAAGGCCUCCUCUCACUGAACCACAGACUAGAUUAAUUGUUGACAGGGAAUACACUAAUAUUUCAGACAUAGAUGCCUGUCUAGUGUGGAUGCCAGAAUUAACAUCAUUUGACAAACAUUUAUACAAUUUGGUUACAGAUAAACAAAGAAACUUGAUGUUGUCCGAUAUUGCAGGACUACCUAUUGGCCAUGUACCAAAGAUUUUAGCAAGUUGCUUUCGCAAUGUGCUUGACAGUGGUGGAAAAAUCUUUGCCACUGCAACAGGUGAACCAGUUCCAAGUUUUCCACCUUGGCCAGCUUCAAAUGAAAAAGGUGGCGGCGUUGUUAUACCUUGUUUUUAUACUCUUAUUGUUAAUAAUUUGGAUGAAACUGUUCAUAUGUUAUCUGACACACUUUCCAAUAUGUCAGAAGGAAGUGUCAUGGACAUAAAAGUCCAGAACUGAUAAUUAUACUAAUGUGAUAUGAUUCUAUUUGAUUUCUCUGUGAUUUGUUUUAAGUGAAAAUGCCAAUCAUUGAUCUGAAUAAACAUUGUUGUAAAAUGAUAUUAUGUGUCAUAUAAUACAUAUCUGUUUACAUGUAGAAAAGUUUGAAAGAUUACCACCAAAUGUAAUAUUUUUCAUUCCAAUAACUCCAGAACAUGUUCCUGUGACAUGUACUUUAUAAAUACUAAAUUUAGAACGUUUUGAGAUGUCCCCUCAUUGACCUUCACCUACCUAUCCCAUACUCCCCAAAGCUAUCCGGUACUAACUGAA